AUGAAGGAAUGGCGUUCAAGUCUUGAAUACCUCAGCCGCUAUCCUAACGUCAUUUGUAAAGUCACUGGUUCAUCUGGGUUAUACCGCUUAGAAGAAGCCCUCGAUCCCGAACAUUUUUGCACCUCCAAUGAAUCUUCCAUUCGACCAAAAGAAGCGCCUCAUAAAUCCCCAGUACGGGUUUCCGGCGUUCGAGCCAAGCCAGGCCUUCCCAAUUCAGCUCCAUUGGUUUGUUAUUCAGACGAAGAUUCUGAAAUGGAGGAAGAAGAGAGUGAUGAAGAGAGAAGCCAGACAAAAAAGAGAAAAAAAUGUCAUCAAGAAGCUUCUGAUGAAGAAAUGUUAGUUGAGAUUUCCACUGGGCUACCGGAUAAACAAUCUGAGUUGAGCCUUCUGACAAGCUAUCAA